AAUACUACGUAAUUCCCAAUUUCUAAAUCUUAAUUCAGACCAUGAGACCAAGAAAAGGUCCCCGCUAUCCGCCUAUCCCUCCGCACGGCCGCGGGCCGCACAUCGCAAAUCGGCGAGCCCGUGAUUCCGAGUCGCAAGGUUGCAGACGAUGCAGAGAGCUAGAGAUGCUCAGUCUCUGAGACGCUCAGUCAAGCGCCGCCCCGCCGCCCGACUGCCUCCGCUGCCUGCUUCUCUGCCCUCUAAUAUGCUUGUGGAGACUGGAGUUAUGGACCUUCUGCUUCUGAUGACUCCCAAUCGCCUUAGGUGCGUGUGAACAACAAGAACAAAUCAUGCACAACAGUCAUAUGGAACAAAGGAAGAUCCACAAAUGCAGACCACACUAGAACACAAUUGGAAUAGAUACGGUAUAUGACACACACAAUGAAAGCUGUUACAAACUUGAAGAAACAUUAUUUUCCAUCUAGAACCUCCUCCACUGUUAGCACACAACAACCUCUAAAUCCCAUUUUUUCUCACUGCAAUCCUCAAAAUGUUGGUGAAACUCAUUUCAUAUCUUUAAUCCAUUCAUCUGAAUCCACCCUUAAGCUCAAAUCCAUCCAUGCCCAAGUCCUCCGCCGCAUCUGCCACAGUGCUGAUUCAAGAAUUACCACCCAGCUUAUCUCCGCCUCUUGUCAGCAUGGCUCCGUCAAUUAUGCCCUCUCAGUUUUCCAAUCUUGUGAUCAGAACUUGUUCCUUUUUAAUGCAAUGAUCAGGGGACUUUGCAAUAAUUCGUGUUUCGAGAGCUGCAUCAGGCAUUUUAAGCUCAUGUUAACACUUGGUGUGCAACCUGACCGGCUAACGCUUCCAUUUGUGCUGAAGUCGGUUAUGGGUUUGGGUAAAAGAGAGUGGGGGGCUGUAGUUCAUUGUGGAACAUUCAAAAUGGGUCUUGAUUCUGACUUGUUUGUGAGGGUUUCUAUGGUUGACAUGUAUGCCAAAAUUGGGUUGUUGGAUCCUGCCUUGCAGCUGUUCGACGAAAGUCUUGAGAGGAAUAAGGAUGAGAGUGUGCUCUUAUGGAAUGUGGCAAUUAAUGGGUGUUGCAAGGGUGGGAAGGUAAGAAGGGCAGUUGAAUUGUUCGAAUCAAUGCCAGAGAGGAACAUUGGUUCUUGGAAUAGCUUGAUAGAUGGCUUGAUGAGAAACAGGGAACCCGACAAGGCACUCAAGCUUUUUGAUGGGAUGGAUGAGAAGAACGUGGUUUCAUGGACUACUGUGAUUUAUGGGUUGAUGCACAAUGGGCUUCAUGAGAAGGCUCUUCAGUUGUUCUUUAGGAUGCUGGAUAAAGGUGUCAAGCCAAAUAAUUUGACUGUCGUUUCUGCUCUCUCUGCGUGUGCGAAAAUGGGGGCACUUGAAGCAGGGAUAAAAAUUCAUAAUGACAUGUUGAAUGGUGGGUUCAAGUUGAAUACUGCUGCAGGAAAUGCUUUGUUGGAUAUGUAUGCAAAAUCUGGGGAUGUCGAGUCUGCUAGUCGGGUGUUUAAAGGAAUGAAAGUGAAAGAUAUAUGCACUUGGGGUUCUAUGAUAUGGGGUUUAGCAAUCCAUGGAUGUGCUGAUAAGGCCAUUGAGUGUUUUGAAACAAUGAACUUGUCAGGAAUCAUACCUGAUGAGGCUGCCUUACUAGCAGUUCUAACUGCUUGCUCACAUGCCGGAAGGGUUGAUCAGGGUCUUAAGAUUUUUAAUAGCAUGAGAGCUAACAAGUACUCAGUGAUGCCCAGCAUGAAACAUUACGCCGUGAUAGUUGAUCUAUUUGGCAGGGCUGGCCAGCUGGAUGAGGCUUUGAGAUUUAUUGAGAGCAUGCCAAUGGAUCCUGACCACAUUGUAUGGGGGGCACUUUUUUGUGCUUGCAGGUCUCAUAAGAACAUUGAAAUGGCACAAUUUGCCACAGAUAAACUCCUAAAGCUUGCGCCAAAGCAUCCCGGGAGCUAUGUCUUUCUUUCAAAUGUUUAUGCCGGUGCUGGGAGAUGGAGUGAUGUCGAUAGAAUAAGAACUGUGAUGAAGAGUAAAGAUGUAGGGAAAGAUCCUGGAUGGAGUUCAAUUGAGUUGGAUGGUAAAGUGCACACCUUUAAAGCUGGGGACCAUGCUCACAGCCUACGAGCACAGGAGGAAAUAUAUUCAAAAUUGGAGGGAAUAAUGACCAACUUCUGUUACGAUUGAUGGUUCCUAAUGCACAGCUUUGGUAUGUCAUCAGGGAGUACAUAACCAAUGCAGAGGACGCACAUUCAAGGGUUGCUGAGAAUAUACCUCCUGUUCAAGAAAAUGUCACAGAUCAGAUUAAGCUGUGGGAAUCAGUUCAGAAUCUGAACAGGAUCGAAAGGAUGCCAGGCCAUUUUACGAGGAGUUAUCCUCGAGACUGAACUUCGCACAUCAAAGCAUCCAUAUUCUUUACUAAAGCCAGUUCAGUAGUGCUGUCUCUUUCAAACCGCGAUACUUUGUUUUUUCAAAUGCUGGUUUCGUAAAAGACUAAAAUAGAAAAUUGGUGCAGAUUAAAAACUCACAACAAUAAUUCUCCGCUCAUCAAAGCAUCCAUAUUCCUUACUAAAGCCAGUUUGGCAGAGUUGUCUCCUUCAAACCGCGAUACUCUGUUUUUUCAAAUGCUAAAAUAGAAGAACGGUGCACAUUGAAAACUUACAACAAUAAAUCAGUUUUGAAUUCCAAGUGGCCAUAUCACAACAUUUCAACAUUGAGUUUUGUGAAAUAAAAUCGAUGGACACUUAAUAAAUAAGAAGUCUGGCACAUGACUCGAUGGCACAUGACCAAAACACAUCUCCAUCCACAACACUCGUAUGCUCCUCCUUUGUUCCAUCCUCUCACAUGACUUGUUUUAGGUUCGUCCUAAAAUUAAGUGCAUUUUACUAAAUUAAGUAUCACUGACGUUUUGAUUUUGGUUUUAUCCUUUUUUCUUUUAGUUCACCGUGUUCCUCUAUGUGGGACCCACAUUACUUCUGUUCUUUUUAUGAUUCUAAAAUAGUUAAACAACAGCUAUCCUCCUUCGUUUAAAAGCACAUGCCAAUCCCUAAUGUAUCCUCCAUUAAGAGGCGGGUGGAGGAAUAGUUUACCCAAAGUUUCUACUUUGCAGAACUUUCAGUAUUUUUUGUUAACAGAUCUAUACUUUUUUAUUAUCAUCAAUACAAAACAUGCCAUGUUCUUUCAACUUUUGUUUCGCUUUGUUAUUGGAGUUUACUAUUUUUCCCCGUUUACAGGAUGCUUUUGAGUCUGCUAGUUGUUUUGCUAGAAAAUAUGAGGACUGUUCUGGGAGGACUCAAAGCGAAUGUCUGUUGUUGUGAAGGAAGAAGUUCAUGCUGUCAUGAAAUAUUUUGUUCGUCGAAAGCAAUAGGUUUUUGUUGUGUGCUAAUUUUUAUGAGGGUGUUAGUUAAUUAUGUAGAUGUGCUGUUAAUACUCUUACUGGAACUUGGAUGUAUGUGGACAUAUUUUGGAUUUCUGACUCUAGAAGAGUUGCAGAAGUCUAAAUUGUACACAUAUAUUCAUUUAACCUGCUGAAGGAUCAUUGUGGAAACCUGAGAAAAAACUUGCAAUUUUGUUUUAUGAGUGUUUUUAUUUGUGUUCUAGAGGCUUCACAAGUACCUUUGGAUAUCCCAACCGGCUAACUACACUCCGCCAUAGGUAAUUUAGGGGGUGUUUGGAUCUGAUUUUAAAACUGAUUGCUCUUCCAGGGAGCAGGAGCAGAAGUUGGAGCGUUUGGGUGAAAGUGCAGAAGUACUUCUGGUGCUCUAAUUUACUCCUAGAAGCAGUUUAUUUAGAACGGGGGGAGACCAGUGAUAGGGUGUACUAGUGAUCAGUCUAUUAAAUAUUUCAAUAGAGUCUAUUAAAGGAGGAAUAAUGGGGGUAGUUAGUUAGUUAGUUAACAACUAGCUAUAAAUAGAAGUUUGAUAGCUAAAUAAAGUAGGCUGUUGUUCAGUUGGGCUUCUCGAAUAGUACAAUUGCUUGUAUACCUACUUUGAU